UUAUAACUACAACCAGUUGCGCGAUAUUUUCUCGGAUACCCAGUAUAGUAGAAUGCAGCCAAAUUUGUUACGCGUGCAUAUUGUAUAUUAGUUUAUAUCGGCAUAUCUGAUUAUUAAAGUGUCGCAGUGUAUUGUUAGAGUAAUUCUUUUUUGCAGAAGAUUACAAACUUGUAAAUUUAUUUGAAUAAUACUUAUCAUCUAUUUUUAGCAUUUGCAUUACGAUCGGUUUUUUUUAAUAUCUUGCAAAUAAAAAAUAUUUCAUGCUAACGCCACAUUAUUGCGCAUUCACGCAUGCGUAAAAAGUUAACCUUAUUUAAAAAAAGGUCCAACAUGGAAUCACAAGAUGGCUGCAAACAAUUGUGGUGAAAGUAUUAUAUGGUUUUGUGCAUAAAUGAUCUAUUAAUUGAAUCUCUUAUAUAUUUUCACUAUUACAAUGUACUUUAUUCGUGAUUAAAGCGAAUUAUUAAACCAUUAGAAUGGUUAAGCAGCUGAUUAUAAAAGUAUCAUCACGCGAACUUGCAUACCGCACUGAACACUAUCAUGAUAUCAAGAUUAUCAAGGAGAGACCAAUAACUUGUACUUCUUGUGGGAAUAAAGUAAUUAUAGAAGCAAGAAAAAUUUUUACUCAUCCUGUAAUAGGUACUUUGUUAUGUGAAAAAUGCUGGGACCAUUUCAAUAAUAUAGAUUUCUCUUCUGAUAAAGAUCAUGCAGAUCAGUAUUGUCGCUUAUGUGCUCAUGAGAAAAAUCUAUAUACAUGUGGAUCAUCUAAUUGCAUAUUUGCAUUUUGUAAACAAUGCAUAAAGAGAAAUGCACCGUUGUCUCUUUUGGAUAUUGAAAAAAACAACUGGAAAUGUUUCAUUUGUGAACCUAAACCAUUGUGGGAGCUACGAGCAGUUUGUGCUUCUAUUAUGGAUCGUUUAAACAAAAGAAAUAAGAAGAAAACUGUACUGAAUGAAUUCAAACAUGAUUCUGUAUUACCAUAUAAAAGAUAUCAACAGAUACAAAUUAAAAAAAUGCAAAAAGCUUUACAAUCAAUAUGUGAUGAUCAAGAAGAUUCUGAUGAAAAUCCUACACAAAAUAAAUCUCUUUGUCAAAAGUCUGUUAAAAAAGAGGAAAGUAAUGUAACAACAAAGAAAAGUACUACAUCCAAAAAUCGGAGUUUAAAUAAAUUAUUUAGUACAACUUCCUCAAAUAAUUCAAGUGAUAAUGAAGCCCCGAAGAAAGAAUCCUCACUAAAGAAUCUUCAAAAAAGUUGUAAAAUAAAAGUAUCCAAUAAAGAUGAUAGUACUAGUGAUACAAAACUUGAAGUCCAACAUAAAACUUUUAAAACUAGUAGGAACCAACAGCAGAAAAAAGUACACUUAGAAAAUACACAUAAUUUAAGUUUGGAUGAUGUAAUUAAAAUGAAACCAUUAAAAGUGAGUAAAAAAAGCAAAGAUAAAUCAAUAAUUUCAUCAUGCAGUUCUAUUUCUGAUAAUGAACAAAGUGAAUCUCUCACAAGAAUUAGACGUAGACAUAGUGUAGCAAGUCAUGAUAACAAAAUUGAAAAUAUUAACUCUGAUUCUGAAUCUGAUGAAAAAAAUAUGGAAAGUAAUCGAAAGAAAUGCAAAAUGCUUUUUAAUAGAAGUAACAAGAAAAAAUGUUAUACGAAACAAUCUGCUGAUGAACAAGACAAGAAAAAUGUGCAUAGUUUAACAUCACAAUCUCCUAUAGAAAUUGAUACUAAUUCUAGCUCUGGUGGAGAAUUUCAGAGGAUAAAAUUAGUUCGUACCAAUUAUGAUUCAUUACGCAAAAAACAAAAUAAAAAGAUUCAUAUGUCAUCAAAAAAAAAUAUUAUUAAUAAACACCAAUAUGAAUAUUUAAAAUCAAACAUUACAGAAAUCUUAGAUGAAUUAAAACAACAAUGUUCAGUAUUUGAAUUACAAGCCCAGCAUAUUGAAAAUAAAUGUAAAAGGAAGCCCAUGUAUAUGGAAAAUGCAAAUAAGAUUAUAUAUAAAUCAAAAAGUGCUAUUAAUAAACUAAUCAUGGAAUUCAGUAGUUAUGAGAAACAUUUAAUGAAUUUUUACAAAACAUUUGUAUCGUCAAUUAAAGAAGAAAAAGAAGAAGAACAUGAAAGUUCAGAUGAUGAUACGAUAUCAAUGAAGAAGGAACCUCAAAAAAGGAAAUCCAGUGAUACAAUUCGUAAAGAUAACAGUAAGUAUGGGUUUCUAUCAGAUUGUGAUAGUGAAAUUUUUUCAGGAAAUGAAGCUAUUAAUCCAGAGACAGCAGAAACAGAAAAUAUUAUUUAUAAAAAAGAAAUUUCUGUUUCUGAAAAGGUUGAUCAAUGUUCUUCAAGCAGUAAAUCUGUAAUGUCUAAAAGUGUAGUUGAUGAUAUUGAAGAGUCAAAAAAUAAUCCAAUUGUAUUACCAGAAUACUGUAGAGAAGAGUCUAUGGAGAAUUUGAAUAAAUUAUCAGGUAAUGCGGUAGUAAGAUGUAAUAUUAACAAUGAAACAUGCAUAAAAAAUGACGAUCGUCAAAAUGAGUUAACUGGGAAUUGUACGGAUGGCGAUAUCACAAAAUGUGAUAGUUCAAAAAAAGAAUUUCAGAUAACGAAAAAUAAAGAUAAUAAAGAUGAAAUAUCAUCAGAUAUUUCAAAUAAACGUACAACUACAAUAUCCUCUAAUGUUAAAUCUACAGUAACAAAUGAUUCAUUAAAUGAUAUAUUUGAAAUCAGUUCGGAAUUAGAUAACGAAAACAGAAAGUCUAAUACAAUAAAAAACAUAAAAAAUAAAGAUACUCAUGACAUAGAUACUAAGGAUAUUCAAAAAGAAAGCAAUGACAAUUGUAAUACAGAAUGUAAUAAAUCAAAAGAUGUACUAUUGUCAAAUGAAAAAGAGUUUGAUUCAUUGAGAGAGGAAACACAGGACAAUAUAAGUAAAUGUCAGGAGAAAACACAAAAAAUAUAUGAAUCAAAUAAAUCUAACAGUGAUUCAGAAAAAAGUGAACAGCCCUCCCAAAAAUCUGAAGUCAAUCCCUCUUGUAAAAAAAGAAUAACAGUACUCGUAAAACAAAUUUUCAGUGAAUUAGAUUCUGAUACUUCUAAUAUUUCUGAUAUAUUUGUUGAUUCAACAGAAGUAUCUGAUAAAUCAAAAGAUCCAUUAUAUUCAAUUAACGAAAAUGAAUUACAGGUAAAUAAAGAGAAACAACAUAAUUCCAAUGAAAAUGACUGCAGUGCAAUAACUUCACCUAACUUGGACAGAAGUGAACCUAUCAUGGAACUUACAUUAGAUAAUGUUAAGCAACAAAAUAGUAAAAAUCAUACAUUAACAAGAAGCUCUUCUGAAGAAACAAACUUUUUAGAUGCAGAAAGUAAUGAUAAAAUGGAAGAAUGUAUUAAAAAUGCUCUUUUGGAAUCUGAUUCAGAUGAUUCCAUUGCUUCACCAUUUAAUAAAGAAAUUGGAAUCAACACAGAAUGUCACGAUACAGAUUUUUGUAAAAAGAUGUCAACAACAUUUGAUAGUGAAAGUACAAAAUCUGAUGAAUUGAAUAAAUCACAAAUGCAAAUAAAUAAUAAUAAGUCUCAGAAAAAAUACGGAGCCCAAAAACGUAAUUAUGAUCUAGAAUCAGAUUCAUCAGUGGGAUCUAGAGUAAAGAGAAGAAGACUUCAAUUACAUAAGAAUCAUUAUUAUAUGAAUGAUAAAAAAUUGAGAAUGAUAUGUCACGUACAAAUAGAAAUAUUACAGGAUCAUGUGUUAGAUCAAUAUAAGGAUGCAUUGCAAAAAUCAAAGGAACACCAAAAUAAUAAAAAAAUCAAAAGGCUUAUAAAUCUGGAUACACUGGAAAAAUCAUAUAAGAAAAAAAGCUCUGUUAUGUCAAAGGAAGACAACAAACUAUCAAAAUCUUUACAAUCCUUAAAAAAAUCAUUAAUUAAAGAAGAAGAAGAAGAUUCUUUAAUGGAUCAUUUAAAAAAGAUACAAGAUGGAAGUAUUUCUGUAAAUGCAGAAGAUGAUUCUGAUAAUGAUGAACAAAAUUUAAAUUCUACAAUAGAAAGUCAUUCUGCUAUUUUAACUAAUAAUGAUCUGAUGUUAGAAGCUGAUAGAAUUGCAAAAGAUUUACUAUUAAAUUCGUCUGAUUCAAACUUAGAUUGUGACAAAGAAGAACAAUCAAUUAUAUCGGAUAAAGAGGAAGAAUUAUCAAAUGAGAAGGAUAAAAGUAACAAACAAAAUGAAAUCAAACAAGAAGUUCUUAAAACAGAUAAUGAAGAAUUAUCAGCAGAUGAGAAGCAGAAAAAACUGAAAAAACGAAGAAGUAAAUGGAGACGAAAUAAAAUAUUAACAAUGAAAAUAUCUGAUAGUGAAUCUGAAAAAGAACAAGAAAAAUGGAUGAAAACGCAAGAUAAAUUAAAAACAAAGGAAGAAGACAGUGAUAAAGAUAAUAUUAAUAUCAAAAAGAAGAUUACUGAAUAUAAAAGAAAGAAGAAUAGAAGAAUUUUAGAUUCUGAUUCAGAUAUAAAAGAAAUAAAUACAGAUACAGAAUCUAGUCUCAGUAGUAGUAGUAGUUCAAGUGAUUUAAUGUUAUUGAGUACCUCUGAUGACACCAGUGAGGAAAAGAAAAAAAAGAAAAAGAAACAAAAUGCCAAAAAAUCAUCUGACACAGAAUCAUCAGUUGCAGGAACCAAGCAAAAACCGAAAAGAAGACGGAUCAAGAAUGUAUCAAGUGAUAGCAACAGUGAUAAUGAUAAAAUGAAUAAUUCACAAGGUACAUCAAGUAAAAGUGGAAGAAAAAACAUUCGCAAAGUUUUAAAGGAUAAACAAGUAGCAGAGGAUACAAAACAAGCAGCUAAAGAAGAAGAAGAAAGAUUGAAACGUAUUAUGGAACGUCAGAAACUCUACAAUGAGAUGUAUGAGAUACGAUUAGCUGGUGAAGAGAAAGUAGAAAAAUUAGUAUUGGAUUUUGAUCCUAAUACAAAGGAAGAACUUAUAAGUGUACAUAAGGAUUUGGUAAAACGUUUGAAACCACAUCAAGCAAAAGGAAUUAAAUUUAUGUGGGAUGCAUGCUUUGAAUCUUUGGAAAGAGUAAAAACUACUUCUGGAUCAGGUUGUAUUAUUGCUCAUUGCAUGGGACUUGGAAAGACUCUACAAGUAAUUACUUUAUCGCAUACUCUUUUAACUCAUGAAGAAACAGGAGUAAAAACUAUCUUAGUAGUGUGUCCUCUUAGUACUGUUCUUAAUUGGGUUAAUGAAUUUGAGUUGUGGCUAAAAGAUGUAGAGAAUGGAGAUAUUGAUACUUUCGAAUUAACAAAAUGUAAAAAGAAUUUUGAAAGGAAAUAUCAGCUUCAACAUUGGCAUAAUAAUGGUGGUGUAUUAGUUAUUGGAUAUGAAAUGUUCCGCAAUCUUACCGGCAUGAAUAAAAAUAUUCGAAAACACAUGAAAGACGCGAUAUUAAAAUGUUUGAUCGAUCCUGGUCCAGAUCUUAUAGUAUGCGACGAGGGACAUUUAUUGAAAAAUGAAGAUACUGCACUUAGUAAAUCCAUGAAACAAGUGAAAACGCUUAGACGUAUUGUGCUCACUGGAACACCAUUACAGAAUAAUUUAAUAGAAUAUCAUUGCAUGGUUCAAUUUGUUAAACCUAAUCUUUUGGGGACAAAACGAGAAUUCCUGAACAGAUUCGUAAAUCCUAUAACCAAUGGACAAUUUGACAAUUCCACAGAAUAUGAUGUCAAAUUAAUGAAAAAACGUGCGCAUGUAUUGCACAAAUUGUUACAAGGAAGUAUUCAAAGAUUUGAUUAUUCCGUGCUAACGCCCUUUUUACCACCAAAACAAGAAUAUGUUAUUUUUGUUAGACUCACAGAUGUACAAAUCAAACUGUAUCAAUACUAUUUGGAUAAUUUGUCAAGACAUCUCAGUGGUAUAAGAGGUACCCUAUUCCCAGAUUUUCAAGCACUGCAAAGAAUAUGGACUCAUCCCUUAGUUUUGCGAUUGAAUUCAGAAAAAGUUGAAAAGACGAACGAAAAGAAACGAUAUGCUAGUGAUUCAGAAGGAUCUUUAAGAAAUUUCGUUGUCUCAGAUGAGGAAGAGACAACUAGUUCGAGCAGCACUAACGAUAGUGAUGUUCAAUCUGUACAUUCUUCAUCUCCUACUCAGAAACGGAAAACUCGAAGUAAUGCAUGUGAAAAUGACUCAGAAUCAGAAUCAUUGGAAAUAGUAACAGAAAAGGAAGAAUGGUGGUCACAAUUUGUAGAGCCUGAACACUUUGAUGACAUGAGAAUCUCAACCAAACUCGUUCUGUUGUUUGCUAUUUUAAAAGAAUGUGAAAAAAUUGGUGAUAAAGUGUUGGUGUUCUCUCAAUCUUUAUACUCUUUAACUUUAAUCGAACAGUUCCUUUCACAAAUUGACGAAGCAGAACAGAGAAAUGUAAUAUCAGAGAAAUUAGAAGGACAUACCGGAAGUUGGUCUUUAGGUUUAGAUUAUUUCAGAUUAGAUGGACAAACAUCUGCAGAAAAUAGAAGCGCUUGGUGUAGGAUAUUUAAUAGAACUAGUAAUACAAGGGGAAGAUUAUUUCUUAUAUCAACGCGAGCUGGAGGUUUGGGCAUAAAUUUAACAGCUGCGAAUCGAGUAAUUAUAUUCGAUGCAAGUUGGAAUCCAUCACACGAUAUACAAAGUAUAUUCAGAGUGUACAGAUUUGGUCAAAAGAAGCCAUGUUAUGUUUACCGAUUCCUCGCAUCGGGUACGAUGGAGGAAAAGAUAUAUAAUCGCCAAGUCACAAAAUUAUCACUUUCCUGUCGUGUUGUGGAUGAGCAACAAAUAGAACGUCAUUAUAGUCAUAAUGCUCUGAAUGAAUUAUAUAAAUUUGAACCACAUAGUGAUACUGACAAACCAACUUUAAAUUUGCCAAAGGAUAGAUUGUUGGCAGAAAUUUUUUUAAAAUACAAGGAUUUAGUUGAAAACUAUCACGAACACGAUUCCUUAUUGGAGAACAAGGCUGACGAAGAAUUAGACGAAGAGGAAAGGAAACAGGCUUGGCUAGAAUAUGAAGAAGAGAAAAAAGGUCCACCAAGCAACACAGGAAUGACAGCCUAUCAAAAUAAUAUCCUGUUGCAACAGUACAAUAAUAUGAUCGCUAAUCUGAAUCGUCAAAACGUGGCAGUAAAUAAUAGUACACAAAGUAAUGAUUAUGAAAAUCUACAAAAACUGAUCGAAAAAGACUAUCCUAAUGCAACACCAGAACAACGUAAAUUUAUGACAGCUCGAGCUUUGGUAGAUAUGUAUAAUUAUUGGGAACAACAAGCUAUGGUUCAGCCUAGCAGAAAUCCUAUUGUCACACAGAACAUACAACAGAAAGUCACACCAUUGGGUACAACUAAUGUAUCUACUGCAACGAAUCAGAAUUUAUUGAGACAACAAUUACUGCAAAAUCAACAAAUGAUGUAUGGCACAAAUAACACUUAUACAAAUGUAUCUAAUCCACCAUUAAAGAAUCCAGUCAAAGUAAUCAAUACAUAUAGUUAUCCAAAAGCUUCAACCAGUAAUAUUCAAUCUAGAAAUGACGUUGCUCAGAUUGCAAUGGAGUCAACAAAUACAGCUGAAAAUUCUGCAAAGACUUCAACAGUUCCAACGAACAAGGAACAAGAAGAAUGAUCCUUAAAAUAGCAUGUUAUAAUUGUCUUUCUGAUAGGUAAACUAUACUCUUCAGUAUGUAUAGCAAAGAAUCAAACUAAUUUUUUUUUGUUUAAUGUAUUUGCAUAGAUACAAAUUAAAUAUAUUUAUUUCGAUUUAUUUUUCCAAUGGAAAUUAUCGAUUAAUAAAAACUUCUGCAUUUUUUUUAAUGUAACAAAUUUAGUGAAUUUUCUUAUUUUAAGAAACUAAUUAGUGUAAAAGAAUAAUUGGUUAUAAAGGUAUCAAUAAUUGAUGUACACUUUCAUGUGCUGUGUAUAAAUGAAUAUUAGUAGAAUAUAAAAGUUUGAUUCUUUGAGUAGAGUAUCUUUAUAAAGGAAACUAUCAUAUUAUAUUAAUGAAAUAUUUAACAUAAAGUAUUAAUAAUACUUAUACAUUUUUUAUUGCUUUUUGUCAUUACGUAAAUUUUUAUUUGUAAAAGUAUUAUGUAUUAAAUAUUGACGUAGAAUUAUAAUCUAUAGUUAAAACAACAAAUAUUGCAUGAAAUGAGUAAUAGUUUUUUAAAUGUACAAUGAAAUAAACUAGAUUUUUAGUUAUCCCAUUUAAAUUUAGUUUAUUUUAUUGUUUUUAACAAUAUAAUACACAAUGCACAAAAAACUUUAUAUAUUCAUUUCCGCAAUCAUUUUACGUAUUUCGCUUAUAUAUUGUAUUCUAUAUUAUUAGAUUUAUAUGUUUAUAUUACACUAUAUAUACAAGCAUAUAUUAUAUUUAUUCUAAUUUCUGUAACAGGAAGCAAAAAAGGAUACUUAUUUAUGAAUUUUGUUUUUAAGGCAGAUUUUUUAGCAUAUUUUCUCAAAAUUUUUUAUGCAAUUAAAUAUAAUCUGGCAAUGCUUUUCUCCAACCAUCUCUGAGCAACGUUUUUAAUUCACUUUUCUUUUUUAAGAAAUUUGGAGAUCUUGCUAAAUUGAAAUACUCUGCUGAAUCAUAAUUGUGAUUAUAUAACUCUUCGCUAAUGAUAAUUUUCCAAUUAGCUGUUUUAUUUUCUGAUGUAAAUGGUAUCCACGCAGUGUAUCUAUACUCAUGUGAUUUUAAACUGUACCCCAUAAUAGUUAUAUCUUUUAAAUGUGGUUCAUCACUAUUGGGAUGUAAUGUAGGUUCUAUACCUGGUCUUGGAUAUUGACUGAAUGCUGCUUUCUUCCAUGGUAUUACCUAAAAUAAAGAAUAAAAUUAUUAUGAAACUAUAA